AUGAAGCUCUUGGCUGAUGCUAAUGUGAAGUCUAGGGAAGGGUCAGACCUAGUUGUUAAUAGCGCCCAUAGCGGCUGCUAUCGCGGCGCUCCAGACCGGAGCGGGGCUCUACCGCACGCGCACAUGGGUGCGGUGGUGGAUAGAGGAUCGCGGGCGCUAUCGCCGCUAGACCAGGUCGUGGAUAGUGGGCAUCUCCCGGGCGGCGCGGAUCUGAUUUCUACUUCUCAUAUUCUUCUUUGUGCCCUAUUUCCUCCUUGUGCCCUAUUUUUCCAUCUUCUGCUUCUCCGCCGUUCCACUUCUUCGCCGUUCCAGCAGCAGCUAGCAAGCCUUCUUCUACUUCUUCGUUCCACUUCUCCGCCGUUCCAGCAGGCAGCAGCCAGCAACCCUUCUUCUACUUCUCCGUUCCACUUCUCCGUUCGACUUCUCCGUUCCACUUCUCCGUUUCACUCUCAGCCAGCCUCAAAUGUUAAGGCUAUAUUAUGUGCUGAUAUGGUUGAGAAAGAGAGAAUUAAGAAAGGAAUACAAGAGGUUUCGGUGCAAUUAGAUGCAGAUGAUACCAUUGAUAUUAAGGAAAUACGUAGAAUUCGAACCGUAAAGAGGAUUGUUGAGAGUGAGACCUCUUCAAUGGCUGUCAAUAGGACUAAGGGACCAUUGGAUUUGGUGUAUAAGAAGAGUAAGGACACAAGCAUCAAUGAUGCGUGUGAUAAAGAAGCAAGGGCAAGAACCAUCCAAUAUGUUGGUCGCUUUUUUUAUACGUGUGGAGUUGCUUGUAACGUAGCAAAUGCAAGAGCUUUUAAGUUGAUGUUGGAAGCCGUUGGAAGUUAUGGUCCUCAUUUGAAACCGCCAAGUUAUCAUGAACUCAGGGUUCCAAUCCUUCGAAAUGAGUUGGAAUAUACAAAAGGUUUGUUGAAAAACCAAGAGACUAUCGGUAAUGUUGAAUUGGUUAAACAAGAAGUGACAAGGUUUGCUACCCAUUUCCUUUGUCUACAAAGGAUGCAAGAACUAAAAGGCAAGCUUAGAGAGAUGUUCCUUUGUGAAGAAUGGAUGAGUUCCAAGUGUGCCAAAGAUGCUAAAGGACAAAGGGCAGCUACUACUAUACUUACGACAUCAUUUUGGAAUGAUGUUCUCUACACUCUUAAGUGCAUGGCGCCUCUUGUAAAUGUGCUAAGAAUGGUUGAUAAUGAAAGGAAACCCGCAAUGGGAUACAUAUAUGCCGCAAUGGGGGUAGCGAAGGAAUCAAUUGAGAAAGCUUUUAGUUCAAAUUCAAGCAAGUACAAAGUCGUAUUUGAAAUCAUUGAUGAAAGAUGGGAGUGUCAACUUCAUCAUCCGCUACAUUCUGCAGUGGAAGAUUUGAUUUCAGAACAAUUGUCACAAUACACGGGUACUACGGGUCUCUUUGGUAUAAGAGCAGCAAUUAGACAAAGGUCAACAUUAGCUCCAGCUGAGUGGUGGAAGUCUUAUGGAGCCGAAACUCCGGAGUUGCAAUUGUUGGUUGUUAAAGUGUUGAGUUUGAGUUGCAGUGCUUCGGAUGUGAGCGUAACUGGAACAUCUUUGAGCAUAUUCAUUCCAAGAAGAGAAAUAAAUUGGAACAUCAAAGAUUGUAAGACUUGGUGUUUAUCAAGAGAUGAUGGUGAAGACUUGGUUCAUCCAAAUCAUGAUAUAACUUGGAGUCAAAUUGCCGAUGCUAGUGGGGCUAAUGAGCCUAUAAUCUACACUAGGAGAACAACAAGAGCAACAAUGACACCUAGAGCACCAAUGGCACAACAAGUGGUGGAAGAUGUUGAAGUUGAAGAUAAAGAAUUGAAGGAAGAUGUUGAAGAAGUUGAAGAUGAAGAAUUGGAGGAAUAUGUUGAAGAAGUUGAAGAUGAAGAAUUGGAGGAAUAUUUUGAUGAUGCUACAUGA